UGAAAAUAAUAUAUUUUAUAUUUAAAACUAUACUGAGUAUAUAUAUAAAUAUGAAUACAGAUACAACUAUAUAUAAAAAUCAGCUCAUUUUCCUUGGGUUUAUCAUAAAAGUUCACUUUAUUGAGGACCUACUGUGAAACGCAGCCUAUACUGUUAGUUACGUACAUAUAUACAUAUAUGUAUAUAUUUAUAUGUACAUUUAUUUAUGCAAAAUCCAACUUUAUAACGGAAACUGGGAUAGAAAUUCGCAUCGCCAGCGAGAACAUUUAAGCCGACGCAGCAAAAACAGUCGAAUAAGAGAUUCCGUGACAGGCAGAUUGCAGCGCCAGCGGGAUUUGCAUAAUUGUUAGACAUAAUUAAAACUUGUUUCAAAAACAAUAACAGUGAUUUUUACUUUGAAAUAAAAAUGGCGAAUACAACUACAAAAGUGUCUUUUAUCUAUGUGUUAAUGGUACUCAUGCUUGUCACAAGGGCUAGUGCAGAUACACAAUCGAAGCCGAAACAGUGCAACGAAGAAUGUCCCACGACACGCGAUCUUGUUUGUGGUUAUGACAGUACUUGUUAUGCUAGAUUUGACAACAAAUGUCUAUACGACCGAUUAAAAUGUACCACGAAGCACAAUCUCGAAACGGUAGAUAUGUCUCUGUGUGAUUUAGCCGAACGAAAAACUCAUCCAGCAUAUAGGCUUUGCUAAGGACUACGGUCUCGCCUACUCUAAUAUAUAUUUUAAUAAAUUAUUUGCAAUGUCAUCACAAUCUAAAUGUUAAACAAAUGUAUUCAAAUUAUCACUACACAUAGACUUAAGCGGAUUUCUUGUAGGCAAUAAUUAUAAACUAAACAACAAAUAACCAAUCAAACUUGACUCUAAACAAUGUUCUCAUAUUUAAAAUAGAAUAAAGAAAUGCCAAAGCUUUUAUUACGAGUAUCCUAUUAGCAAA